AUGGCCCAAAGUUGCAAUACUUGUUUCGGUGGUGGCAUCAAUGUUUGUUUUGGUAGUGGUGAAGGAUCAGGAAUAAGAGGAGAUGAUAGUGAUAUUGAUAACGAUGGAGAAGAUAAUAAAAAACCUGAGUUGCAACCAUAUCUAGUGAAAGAGCAAUUGCCCGAACCGAAACGCUUGUAUCGGGUUUCCAACGCCAUCUCUGAACUCUUGGCGAAAAAUGCUACUUAUCUGCAAGCAAUUACUUACAGGUCAAUUCAUUUUCUUACAAAUGAGGGAAAUAAGAUGAUUAGAUGGACAAUAUCGCUUCCGUGCGUUUCAUCCAAUCGCAAGAUGGCCAUGUUCUGCUUGUUAGCAAGAGCAACAUGCCACCUGUUUUCCUCUCACUCAGAGAGAGGAUGUCUUAUGCAGAGAGUUGACUAUGCAUGCUCUGCUGCUCUAAUUGCAACCUCCGGCAUUUACAUUGGGUUCAUCAAAAUUCCUGAGCGAUGGAAGCCACGCAAGUUUGACAUUGCCGGGCACGGUCACCAGCUUUUUCACGUGUUGGUUGUUGCAGAGUGGCAACUCAUUGGACCGGCUAGGCUAACCUCACCAACCGAGCUAUAUAAAGUUGUUGAUAACACCCAAUUGAUGGACCAAAGGUUUCAAAAUCUCGAGCUGGUUUUUGACCUUGCCGUUGCUGGGGACCAUCUUGGCAAAUCUCAAACAGCGACCAAAGCCCAUACUUCGACAUUAGAGGCAUCACCAGAUUCUACACAAUCUGCUAGUGUUGAAUUUGAACAGCAGGAUUCUUCAGAUUUUAAAAUUGUAUGUCCCAAAUGCAUUGUAAGAUGUGAAUGA